GUUCAGCCGUUCAGCGUCCUUCCUCUUAUAUUCUGUGAUUCAGUCUCUGGUGGUGCCAUGCAUGAUAUCAUGGAUAUGAUAAUAAAAAUAAUGUCUAUGAUGCAUUGAUGCCAUAAUAACUAUUUUUUUUGAUAUUAUUAAUAAUUCCGUGACAUGGCAUUAUAAUUUUAAAUUUUUAGUAUCUUCAAAUCUUCAAUCGCAUUCGUCAUUCUCAAGUACAUUAAUAAUUAAUGACUGCUCUACAGUCUGUACUCAAGUCUCAUACUCACGGCUGGAAAUCAGUUACAAUACUUCCAUAAGCUUCACCUUUGAUAACACAAUGUUUUCCCUGAAUUUAUUCAAUGAUAUGCUCCGACCGUUCAACACUACAUAUAGAUGUUGGUCUGUAUCAAUGCUUCCUGGCAGCGAACGAGAAGACGUUGAUAGUGGUGGAAAAAUUAUAAUGCCUCCAUCUGCUCUUGACACAUUGACUCGAUUAAAUAUCAACUAUCCAAUGUUGUUCAAGUUAUCUAACAAAAAAAGCAACAGACAAACACACUGYGGUGUUUUGGAGUUUAUCGCAGAUGAAGGAAAAGUGUACAUUCCUUAUUGGAUGAUGAAAAACCUGUUACUAGAUGAAGGAGACAUGGUGCAAGUUGAAAGUGUUUCAUUAGAAGUAGCCACAUUUUCAAAGUUUCAACCUCAAAGUUCUGAAUUCUUAGAUAUUACCAACCCAAAGGCUGUUUUAGAAAAUUGCUUGCGUAAUUUUGCUUGUCUGACUACUGGUGAUUUAAUAGCUAUAAAAUACAACCAAAAAGUAUAUGAAAUGUGUGUGUUGGAAACMAAACCGGGUAAUGCUGUUAGUAUCAUUGAAUGUGAUAUGAAUGUUGAGUUUGCUGCACCAGUUGGUUAUCAAGAGCCUAAGCAUGAAAAAAAACCAGCUACAGAAGAGAUGAUGGUUGAUCCUGCUGAUUUAAUGCCAGAACCAGCUGGUUUUAUAGCGUUCAAAGGUUCAGGCAAUAGAUUAGAUGGUAAAAAAAAGAAAGAAAAUACUGAAGAUCCGCUGAAUCAAGUUAAAGUAGCAUACCAAAGAGGUAUUCCAGAUUAUAAUUAUACCUUAGGAACUAUACAGUUCUUAAGGAAUAUCCGUCCAGUAAUUGAUGACAAAGUGCAUGAAAAUCAAGAUGAAUUUAAGYCGUUUGCGGGAUCUGGAUCGGUACUCAAAACAAAGAAAAAGUAAUUUAGUUUUCUUUCAUUUCAUGUACAUAUUUGUUUAAUAUAAGAGCAUUUUAAUUUUA